CUUUCAUUCAGUGGAGAAACACGUGCACAUCUCCACAAUUUUCAGUUUCUGUAAACCCCGGGCUGAGGGCAGUGUUGAUCACUGGCUCUCAAUGAGAGGAUUAUCGGGAAUUCACACAAGGGCUUGGAUGCUUACCGGUGCACAAUUGGAACUUGGUUCUGCUGCAUAAUGGGUUACAAAGCGACAUCCAUGCAUUGUGUCUUAAGAUGCCUGUGCUUCAUGCUUCUCCAUUUGUUUAGUGCAGCUCAAGAUGAAGACAUAAGAAGUUGUAGGACUGCACCGUGUGAUUUGGUCUUUAUUCUAGAUGGCUCAUGGAGCGUUGAAGAUGUCAAUUUUGAAAUAGUGAAGCGAUGGCUUGUGAAUAUAACGACAAGCUUUAACAUUGGACAGAAGUUUACCCAGGUUGGAGUCGUCCAGUACAGCGAUGACCCCGUCUUAGAAAUACCUCUGGGGAAGUACUCCUCCACCAAGGACCUCAUCAAGGUUAUGGAGUCCAUCGAGUACAUGGGGGGAAACACACGGACAGGCAUAGCCAUUAAGUUUGCCACGGACAAACUGUUUGGCCUCUCCGAGCGCGGCCCGCUCGGAAUCUCAAGAAUCGCUGUUGUCCUCACAGAUGGGAAGUCUCAAGAUGAGGUUAUGAAGGCAGCGGAGGCAGCUCGGAAAAAAGGAGUAAUUGUGUUUGCAAUCGGUGUUGGGCCGGAGACAGAAGAGGCCGAGUUGAGGGACAUUGCGAACAAGCCCUCUUCAACGUACGUCUUCUCUGUCAAGGACUACAAAGCUAUUUCCAGGAUCAUACAGGUCAUACGGCAGAAACUGUGUGAAGAGACUGUUUGCUCGGCAAGAAUUCCUAUAGAUUCCCGCGAUGAGAAGGGUUUUGAUAUUCUGUUACAUUUGAAUUUGGCCAAAAAAGCAAAGAAGACACACGGGACGUUCUAUGGCACGAAGGCCUAUGAAGUGACGUCUCGCGUUGACUUGAGUGAAGCUACACGGAACCUUUUCCCUGACGGCCUGCCUCCAUCGUAUGUUAUCGUGGCCACUCUGAGGUAUAAAGGAUCCGUGACGGCGGAGGAGUGGGACCUGUGGAGGAUACAGAAGCUUGACGGGAAGCCACAGAUGGCGGUGACUCUAAGCGGGUUCCACCGCAACGUCAAGUUCACCACAACCAGCGAAUCCCCAAGUGGAACGCAAACGGUUACAUUUUCCCAGCAGACAGCGAGGCUGUUUGAUGAGAAAUGGCACCAGCUGCGGCUGCUGGUCACCGAGGAGGACGUGACUCUUUAUGUUGAUGACCUGGAGACUGAGACGCUACCACUGGAGCUCCCCAUUGGCAUUUUCAUCAAUGGAAAAACCCAAGUUGGAAAAUAUUUCAGGAAGGAAACUACAGUGCCGUUUGAAAUUCAGAAACUCCGCAUCUACUGUGACCCUGAGCAGAAUAACCGCGAGACUGCGUGCGAAGUACCUGGAGUCUGCUCCAACAGUCCUGAUUACACUGAACCUACUCAAGAACCUUGUGUUUGUCCUCCGGGAUCCCCUGGACCUCCAGGAAUGAAGGGAGAACACGGAGGCACUGGUAAACGUGGUCAGCCGGGGCCUGCUGGUGCUGAUGGUAAGCCUGGUAUCCCCGGCGUUAGAGGGAGUCCAGGGCUGCCAGGUCCACCAGGAGUAGAGGGGCUGCGUGGGCCACAUGGGUACAAAGGGGAGCAGGGGAGGCCCGGUGUCACGGGUGAGAGGGGUAUGCCCGGAUUACCAGGAACAUCCGGGAAACCAGGAGAAAAGGGCUCAAUCGGAUCCACUGGUGCUGCAGGGUUACCAGGAAAAACUGGCCAAGUGGGAGGAAAAGGAAGUAUGGGACCUCCUGGGCCGCCCGGUUAUCAAGGAGAGCCUGGCCGACCUGGGAGAGAAGGAAAGAAUGGAUUUCCAGGGGGGCCUGGUCAAAAGGGAGAAGUCGGGGCCAGCGGCAUUCCUGGCGCCGAUGGAAGAGCGGGCCAUCCUGGUAUGCCUGGGUUGCCGGGAACUGCGGGCCCGGAUGGACAAAAGGGGGAGGCUGGUUUGCCCGGACCAAGGGGCUUCGCAGGGUCGUCCGGACCUCCUGGUGAGAUGGGUUUACCUGGUGCGCCUGGUUUAAAAGGACCAACUGGACCCAAGGGGAAUAGGGGUGAAAAUGGAAAUCCAGGGUUACAAGGAACACCAGGGCCUGUGGGGAGUGCAGGGGAACCAGGAGGCGCAGGUCAGCCGGGGCACCCGGGCAUGCCAGGCCUGAAGGGCAGCACGGGACAAAGGGGAAAUCCAGGCGAAAGAGGAGAGCUGGGAUUGAAAGGUGAACAAGGAGAACAUGGUCGGCCAGGGGUUCACGGCUCCACUGGUCCAAUGGGACUAAAAGGAGAGAAAGGGACAGCAGGGGAUCUGGGGCAGAGAGGUCAAGAAGGUCAAGGGGGACGGCCUGGACAGCCGGGUCAGUCAGGCCCACCUGGCCCCCGGGGGAUUGAGGGGGGCACUGGUCCACCUGGCCCACCUGGACCCGAAGGAAGAUCUGCCAAUGAAAUGUCGGACAGUCACAUUCGGCAAAUUUGCAGAGACAUUCUCCAGAAUGAGCUGCCUAUGUUGUUGCUGAGCAACCAGCAGAGCAGCUGCACCAGAUGCCAAAGCCGGCCUGGAUCUGCCGGUCCUCCAGGUCCAGCUGGGCCCCAGGGAGACCGGGGUCUUCCUGGACUCAGCGGCUCCAGGGGACCGCCAGGCCGCCCGGGUCGGCGAGGGCCCCCUGGUAUCAACGGGCUCAAAGGAGAGGCUGGUUUCAAGGGUGAGAAGGGGAGCCCUGGUCGAACCAUGAUCGGAGACCAAGGACCACAGGGGCCUGCAGGUCCAGUGGGUCCCCAGGGUUACAGUAACCCAGGUGCUCCAGGUGAGCCUGGACAACCCGGUCUAAGCGGAGCCGAGGGUAAAAGUGGGAACCCUGGCGUCCCCGGCCAGCCUGGGGUGUGUGAUCCAUCCAUGUGCUAUGGUAGCAUGAUGAGGCGGGAUCCUUACGGCAAAGGGCCAAACUAUUGACGUAACAACUGCAGGCACCAGUCUCGAGCUGAUGUGGAACAAGCAGCCAUUCUCAGGAAGAUCUCACCUUUACAGCUCCUCUCUGUCGUGGAAACAAAACAGACCUCUUGUAAACACCUUUUUUUUUUUACGUGAUCUCAGACAGUCAACAUGACCAGAUCCUAUCACAUUUUCUCCAUUGGUAUUUUGCAUGAUUGUUCAGAUGUCUCUGGGCAUGCUUUAAAAAAGAAAUAGAUUUGAUAAUUGGCUAUAACCUCUCAACUGAUCACCUUGGAUUCAAUGUCUGGGUCCCUCUCUCGGGGCUUGAUGGCUGGUACAUUUUCCCACAUUGCCCCCCGGUGUUGCUUGGUUGCAUGUCGCCGUCUACAUUUUCACAGCACAUAGACUGGGUGCUAUAUGUCACACAAAAACAAAAAACAACAACUCCUACAAUCUAUAAGUUCCAUGUUCAGUGACUUAACUUUGAAUGAUGUCAGAAAUUGUCAUGUUUCAGUACAAAACUGUGAGUUUGAUUUCCUGUAGCUGGUGAUGAGCUGCUGUGAGCCCGCGUUCCCGAAGCAUCCACACGUAACUCUUUAUGAAAACCUUUUACAUGAGCUAAUACUGUGUAUCACCCCAGAUAAAUCCAUAAUAACUCCCCCUAUUAUAACUUCAUCCAUGUGUCUUUUUAUUCCAGUUAAGAAGUAAGAUGUUAAAAGUUUCACCAUGUAAACAAAAAAAAAAAAUGCUGACAAUUUAGUUUGAAUGUCAUUAAUGUUCCCGAGGCUUCACUUCCAUUACUGUAGCAGGUCUUUUGUUGUUAUUUAUGAGAGCGUCAUGACUGUGUAUUUCAGCAGUGACAUGUCUUAAGAAGCUUUUGUAAUUUUAUUUUGUGUUGAGCUGACUUUUGUAUGAAUCUUUCUUUUUUUUUUUUACUAGAAUUAAAAUAUGUCAAGGAUUUGUGAACUUG